GAAGCCAGAUAUCUUUUUAUUUCUUCUUCUUUUUCCCUCUCUCAGAUUUCAGCACUCUCUCUCUAAAACUCAUCUUUUAUCAAACUCUCCCCUACUUUCUCUCUCUAAAAUCCCUCUAUUCUUCUAUUUUUAAUACUUUCAGAUAUUCUUUUAUUUGACUUCAAGAUCAUUUUUUCCCACUUUUUGCUGAACCUUGGAAGCUCCCAAAUUCACAGUAAAAAGGGAAAGGUUUUUAUAGUUUUCUUUGCUUAGUGAAUUCUAGCUUUAUCUUAGAGUUCGAAUUAUUAGUUAAAGUUUUGUAUUUGGUAAUUUGAUGUAACUUGAUCAUCAUGCUUUAUUAAAAUUGCUUGAUUUGUUGUAGCUAAUUAUUUGUUGAUUUAGAGCAAGACCCAGAUUAGGAUAUGCUGAGAAAUGAGGUUUAGGUUUAAGAAAUGGGGUGUGUUUUGGGAAGAGAGGUAUCUUCAGGGAUUGUUUCGGAAUCCAGAGAGAGUAAAAAUGGUAGCUUUGAAUACGAUAGGAGAGCAGAUAAUGUUACAGUUCCAAACACUGAUGCUAAUGUUGUAGAGGUUGAAAAUGAGGGUACCCAGGAGGAGGAAAAAGCUGAUGGUAAAACAAAACAAAGGGGGGAAAGGAGAAAAUCAAAGCCAAAUCCAAGGCUUAGUAACCUUCCAAAGCAUUUGCGUGGAGAGCAAGUGGCUGCUGGAUGGCCUUCGUGGCUUUCCGAUGCCUGUGGGGAGGCGCUUAAUGGAUGGAUUCCUCGAAGGGCUGACACAUUUGAGAAAAUUGAUAAGAUUGGCUCAGGAACAUAUAGCAAUGUGUAUAAAGCUAAAGAUAUGGUGACAAAUAAUAUAGUUGCACUAAAGAAGGUCCGGUUUGAUAAUCUGGAACCCGAGAGUGUGAAAUUCAUGGCUAGAGAGAUUCUCAUAUUGCGGAGGUUGGAUCAUCCCAAUGUUGUAAAAUUGGAAGGUUUAGUUACUUCGAGGAUGUCAUGUAGUUUGUACUUGGUAUUUCAAUACAUGGAGCAUGAUUUGGCUGGGCUUGUGGCAAGCCCGAUAGUAAAGUUUACGGAGCCACAGGUUAAAUGUUAUAUACAUCAACUACUCUCUGGCCUUGAGCACUGUCACAACCGGGGAGUGCUUCACCGUGAUAUUAAGGGGUCGAAUCUUCUUAUUGAUGAUGAAGGUCUACUUAAGAUUGCCGAUUUCGGACUGGCUACAUUCUUUGAUCCUAACCGCAAGCAUCUAAUGACUAGUCGGGUGGUUACUUUGUGGUAUCGUGCCCCUGAGCUUCUUCUUGGGGCUACAGAUUAUGGUGUUGGUGUGGACCUCUGGAGUGCGGGAUGCAUUUUAGCUGAGCUCUUUGCUGGGAGGCCCGUUAUGCCAGGUCGAACCGAGGUAGAACAAUUACAUAAAAUUUACAAGUUAUGUGGUUCACCAUCAGACGAAUACUGGAAGAAGUAUAAGUUGCCGAAUGCAACCAUAUUUAAACCUCGAGAGCCUUAUAAACGAUGCAUAAAGGAGACAUUCAAAGAUUUCCCACCAUCAUCACUAUUCCUUAUCGAUACUUUGCUCGCAAUUGAUCCUGCAGAACGUUUGACUGCCACUGCUGCAUUAAGAAGUGAAUUCUUCACAACAGAACCUUAUGCUUGCGAACCUUCUAGCCUUCCGAAAUAUCCACCCAGUAAAGAGAUAGAUGCAAAACGAAGAGAUGAUGAAGCUCGGAGACUCAGAGCUGCUGGUAAAGCCCAGGGUGAUGGUACGAGGAAGACAAGGACACGCAAUCGAGCAAGGGCAGUUCCUGCUCCAGAAGCCAAUGCCGAGCUUCAGUCUAAUCUUGAUCAGAGAAGGCGCUUAAUAUCACACGCCAAUGCAAAAAGCAAAAGCGAAAAGUUCCCCCCUCCACACCAGGAUGCAGCAGUUGGCAUUCCAUUAGGAGCAUCGCAUCGCAUUGAUCCUGCACUUGUUCCUCCCGAUAUCGCCUUCAGCUCUACAUCAUUCCCUUAUCCGAAAGAACCAUUUCAAACUCGGUCAGGUCCAUUAGUUGAGUCUUCCAAAACAGGUGCUCCAAGUCGAAAGAAGCAUGUUGUAGGCGGCAGUUCACACGAACGAUCUAAGCCUCCAGCAAGAUCCCAAAACGACGAUGGUGACAACACUAGGGUUAAAGGAAAGAAAAGCAUACUUUAAACUUGCAAUGCAGGUAAAUACAACAGGUUUUUGUUUGUUUUUGUCAUAGUAGCUUGUAUUGUUUUAUUAAAAAUGCAGUCCUAUAUAUAUGUAUACACACACAUAUUAUAAUAUAUUAUAUGUAUAUAUACAUAUACCUUUACCAA